CUCGGCCACAACAACAGCCCGUCCCCCGUUGCUGGGUGUUUGCUGUUAGCAUUCGCUGCAUAGCCACCGAUUAGCUACACCCGCACGAUGCUAAAUUAACGCAAAAGUUGGUUUUUCGUCGAUGUGAUCGUUGUUUUCGUCACUUUUCCCCGGAAGGCCGAGCUCAUUCCUGCCGCUGUCACGCCGCUAGCUGCCACGGCUGCUAGCUAACCCGAGCUAACGUCGGCGAUCCAGCCAGGGAAGAUGGGCUCCAUCCUGAGUCGCAGAAUCGCUGGGGUGGAGGAUAUCGAUAUCCAGGCCAACUCGGCCUAUCGAUUUCCACCCAAAUCUGGGAAUUAUUUUGCGAGCCACUUCUUCAUGGGAGGAGAGAAAUUUGACACCCCACACCCAGAGGGAUACCUAUUCGGAGAAAACAUGGACCUGAAUUUUCUUGGAAAUAGGCCAGUGCAGUUUCCAUAUGUGACGCCUGCACCCCACGAGCCUGUGAAAACCCUGAGGAGUCUGGUGAACAUCAGGAAGGACUCUCUGCGUUUGAUCAGAUAUAAAGAUGACUCUGACACACCAGUGGAGGAAGGUGGACAACCAAAGGUUAAGUAUGGGGUGGAGUUCACCUUCGAUGCUGAUGCUCGCGUGGCCAUCACCCUCUACUGUCAGGCAUUUGAAGAGUUCUCCAAUGGGAUGGCAGUUUACAGCCCAAAGGAUCCAGCAAUGGUGUCUGAAACUGUGCAUUACAAGCGAGGGGUGAGCCAACAGUUCUCCAUGCCAACUUUCAAAAUCGACUUCUGCGAGUGGAAAGAGGAAGAUCUGAACUAUGACCUUGACCGAGGAGUGUUUCCCAUCGUUAUCCAGGCUGUGGUUGAUGAAGGAGAUGAUUGCCUUGGACAUGCUCAUGUGCUUUUGGCAGCUUUUGAAAGACACGUUGAUGGCAGUUUCUCCGUCAAGCCUCUGAAGCAGAAACAAAUUGUGGACCGUGUGAGCUAUCUCUUGCAGGAGAUUUAUGGGAUUGAGAACAAAAACAACCAAGAAACCAAGCAAUCCGACGACGAGAACAGUGACAACAGCAACGAAUGUGUUGUGUGUCUGUCGGACCUGCGAGACACACUCAUCCUGCCCUGCAGACAUCUGUGUCUCUGCAACUCCUGCGCAGACACGCUCCGUUACCAGGCCAACAACUGUCCCAUCUGCAGGCUGCCCUUUAGAGCCCUCCUGCAGAUCAGAGCUGUGAGGAAAAAGCCUGGAGCUCUCUCUCCCGUGUCCUUCAGCCCUGUUCUGGCUCAGAAUAUGGACCAUGAUGAGCACUCAGGCACAGACUCGGUUCCUCCCGGCUUUGAGCCCAUCUCACUGCUGGAGGCUCUGAACGGUCAGAGGCCAGUGUCUCCUUCCAUCCCGUCGGCCCCGCUGUACGAUGACAUCAACUUCUCGGGGGGGGUAGGAGGUGACGGCCGACCGCUGAGCUCCCCAGAGCAUUUAAGUGAUGGGAGUCUGCAGAAAAGCAAAGUCAGCAAGUCACCUGACAGCACCCUUAGGUCUCCAUCCUCUCCCAUUCAGGAGGAGGACGAGGAGAAGCUCUCUGAGAUGUCUGAUGCGCAGCCUCACACGACGCUGUCCAGCAGCCCCGCCCCGACAGAUGCCACAGCUGCGGAGGACGUGGCAGAGUCCCUGUCUCCAGACGAUGAGGACAGGAUGCAUUCUGGGGGAGACAUCCUGCAGGACUGCAGCAGCGAGCACAGCAGCUUGACCAAAACAGAGAGCGACCCACCGGGCGACCUAUCUCUACCAGGAUCGUCAGAGUCGACAGAAAGCCUGAAAAGUCAGAGCACAAACAGCUCCAGCCAGCCUCUCCUGUGUCCCACGAGCAGCCUUCACAUGGAGGACGAGCAUCUCAACCCCUAACUCUGAUCCAGCGUUCACCCCGACCGCCUCAUCCAUCAGGACAGGUUCAUGCUGUACAAGGAUCAGCCAGCAGCUCUGCUCCUUCUACACCUCCGGCCAGUCUCCUGCUUGCGGGGGGGUCAGAGUCAACUGAGACCCAGAGAGUAACUUCACCAGGAGGAGGGAGGACUGUGUUAACCCCAUCGCCUUCUCUGACAUAAAAAAAAAGAAAUCUGACUCCUGCAAAGAUGUUCUUUACACCUUACUCUAUGACUGACGUUAAAAAAAAAAGAAAAGAUAUUUUUUCCCCGGCUUUGAAAACAUUUCAUUAACUGUCUGAUGGUGUUCAGUUGUGUGUGUUGGGAGGAGUUGUGGUCUAGUUAUGUGGAUCCCUGAGAUAAUUCACUACCUGAUGGUGGUGCUUUUAAGCACACUUACUUUAAAUUCACUCAGAAUUGAUUUCUUGGCACUACAUCCAGAAUAAUUGAUAGUAAAACAUUUGUGUUUAGAUGUUGUAUUCAUCAGUGAAAAUGCAUUAAGGACAUGAGAACCUAUUUUUGCAGUCGGGUGAGCAUUUUAGGUUCAGAGCAGAAAUUUCCAAACAUAUGAGUAAUACAUGUGUGUUCAUUUGAAGUGAUUUUGCACUCGCUUAUAAUCCAUUCCUUCUAACAAGAGUAUAUGAUGGCAUUAGUUGAAGUCUUAAACAUCUACACGUCAGUGGUUCAUUCUGAUUUCAAAUGAUGUGAUAUCUAUGUAUCAUAACUGUACUAGAAUCCUGUGUAGUUACUUAACAAUUGUAUACUUGCAUAUUAUAUGAGAGAGAAAAAAAUCCUGAUAUUGAAGAAAUGGAGCUAGAUUCAGUAAACAUGCACAUUAUUUAUAACUUCGAUAAGAACUACAGAUUCACAUCCUAGCAGCUGAACUCAAAGAUACAGCCUGCAACAAGCAUAGCCGCUCCAGCUCCGUGUGCUCACUCAAUGUGGCCCAGUCAGCGUGCUCGUGGUAGAUGUGGCAGAUCUCCGUCCUGUCUUUUAUUUGUGGCGAUGCCCGUGUCUGCUUAUGUGAUGUAGCUGCAAAAAACAGGGGGUCGGGUGUUUGUGUGGCUACAACGCCUUUACUUACCUUGGUCGUGUAUGUGUAGCGCCAUGCAUAUAGAUCUUUGUGCCUUGAUUUGAUAUGGCUGCCUGCUUGUUGCAUUGGACAUUAGUGUUCUUCAAAUGCUAAAGUACAUUUACUGAAAACAGUUUUCAGCCCAUAGACAGGAUUUUUUGGAUGAUGAUGUACAGAGCCUUUUUUUUAUCUAUCGCAAACUUCAUGCUACUGGGAAAAUGUAUAAUGUUAUUGAGCAAUAUUAAAUCAAACUGUUUAUUUACUAUGUUACGACCAUUUAUCAAUUAUGCAUUUAAUCUUAGUAUUUAGGUUUCAGUGGAUUCUCUUACUGUGUGUUCGACUAAAGGAAAACACCCAAAGCAACAGAUGCAAACAUUGCAUUUUUAAUAAUCGGACUAGACUUUGCAUGUGAAUUUGUUGACGUGUUUAACGUCUCAUGGCUUUUAAGUAACAUGGUUUAUACCCCCCCCCCCCCAUCCCCCCUCUUCUCUUCUGUGCCAUUUCAACUUGACACUGUGCCUUCCUGUUCUUGUUCUGACCACUAUCGGCCUGGUAUCCAGGAUAACUCCACAGUAGGUGGUUUGUGGCUCUCUGUUAAAUCAAUACCAGUCUUUCCCUGUGUGUAUAGCAGCAUGUGUAUAACAAUAAAGAACAAAGACUCUGCUCAGCUA